AUGUCCGUCAUGCGCAACAAAGGAGUUUUUGGCGAAGAUGCAGACGUGUUUCGCCCGGAACGUUGGCUUGGCCUUGACCCGGCUCAAAGGCGCCAUAUGGCCAAUACCGCCGAGCUCAGUUUUGGCUACGGAAGGUUCGGCUGUAGCGGAAAGCAGGUGGCAUUUAUCGAGCUUAACAAAAUCUACGUCGAGUUAUUACGAUAUUUCGACUUCCACCUUGUAAAUCCAGGGAAGCCGUUCGACUUCACUGCGAAUGCUUUCACGCAACAUGCUAAGGGACUUUGGGUGAGAGUUACGGAACGGAAACCUAUUUCUCAGUAA